CUGGUCGGCCGCCAUUCGGGCCUCCCAGCCUGCUGCGGCGGCGCGGCCGGUCGAGGCCGGGCUCGGCCCGGCCCGCGACGGCUGGCCGCCGACGAGCGCGCUCGCGCUGCUCGUCAAGAUGGCGGCGGUGGCGAUUGCGGCGACAAAAGUUCAGGCGUACAGCGCUCAGGCGCCUGUCGUCUUUCGUCUUUUGUCGCAUUUCGCACACGCGCACGCCGCGCGACCCGCGUCGCUCCGCGAGGGCAUGAGCCUUCCGCGAUUCGAUCCCGCAGCCAAAAGCUGCUCGCUCGAACCGCGGCCGACUCUGCCAUCGCGGCCGCAGCUGUCGAGCUCUCCAGAAAACUGGUGCCUCAUAUGCUGCCUCCCUGCGGAUGCUGCCGGCGAGCCUGGCGGUCCGCUGUACAAGGAAGUGCUGACUCGAUGCCCCCCCCGCAAUCUUCUACCCCCACGACUCGGAACACGAAUGUGACAGGACCAUCGGGUCCUUCAGCCACCAAAGCGGGAUCACCCGAGAGCAGCUGAGCCUGCCUCUGGCCUCGCCUCCCUCUCCUUCAGGCAUUCGUGGCAUCCUAUGGGUCGUCCAGA